AUGGCAUGGAUCGCCUGGUCAGAUCUAACCAAGCCAAAGGCUCUUGGAGGCCUUGGCUUCCGAGACUUCCAAAGAUACAACGAAGCCGCCCUUGCAAAGCUGAGCUGGAGAUUGUUCAAAAAGCCUGACUCUCUACUGGGUAGAAUGCUGAAGGGACCAGCACCGGAAGCCAUCGUGAAUCUCACAGUUGCGGACUUACGCUUAAGCUUAGAUGGCGAGUGGAACAUCAAAAAAAUAAGAUUGAUCCUCCCUCAGUAUGAGGACGAUAUACUGUCCCUAAAACCAAGUGUCUCUAAUGCUGCUGACAAGUUAGUAUGGCUGGGAACAAAAACAGGAAGCUACUCCACCAAGUCUGGCUAUUACUUUGCGACCGCACUUGAGGAAAAUACAGGGGAACCAAUCUCCACAAUUCAAACCCGCUGGCACAAGAAUGUGUGGAACUUAAAAGUAGCACCUAAGGUUAAAGCUUUCGUUUGGAAAAUCCUCAAAAGAGCUUUGCCUGUAGGAGAACGUCUCGUCGAGAGACAUAUUGAUGUUGACCCCCGAUGGUUUGAUCCUACAGGAAUAGUAGAUUUAGAAGAGAGAUGGACAGCUCUAUGCGCAAAGCCUUGCCUCCCACCAACUGGCCUAGUAUCCAUCCCUAUCUUCCCAUGGAUCCUCUGGACUAUAUGGAAGGAACGCAACAGAUUCAUCUUCAACGGGAGCUCAAAUACACCUACAGAAGCUCUCACACUUGCAAUCAAAGCAGCAAGAGAAUGGGAACAAACACAAGUUAAUGAGAAGGGUUCUUCUACACAUACGGCUGCUGCACCUGCGAGCAACAUUUUAUCUGGGCCGACAGUAUGAUUCGCACUGA